UUUUCCCCCUCCCAAAUGUGGGGAGUAGAAUUUCAGAAAAAAAUACUCUGGGACAGAUCCCAGAAAAUCCACUUGCUUUGUACUUUGUCACUCCAAUUACUGAAUCCACUGGAUGCACUUCCUUUCUUCAUAGAGAGCAGUAGCCUGUCCGAAGUACAGCACGUCAUCUUGGUUCUGUCCGGAAAAGGAGGUGUGGGAAAGAGCACAAUCACUGCAGAACUUGCUCUGGCACUGAGGCAUGCUGGGAAAAAGGUUGGCAUCCUGGAUGUAGACCUCUGCGGGCCAAGCAUCCCGCGAAUGCUGAACAUGGAUCGUGCAAACGUGCAUCAGUGUGACUCAGGUUGGGUGCCCGUCUAUGCAGACGCAGAGAAAAGCCUCGCACUCAUGUCCAUUGGCUUUCUACUGGACGACCCAGAUGAAGCAGUUGUGUGGAGGGGGCCCAAGAAAACCGCAAUGAUUGGUCAGUUUGUGUCAGACGUAGCAUGGGGUAAGCUGGAUGUGCUGCUGGUGGAUACACCCCCAGGGACAUCUGAUGAACAUUUGGCCAUAUUGGAGAACCUCAAGAAGCAUAAAAAAGUGGACGGGGCUGUUUUGGUCACCACACCUCAGGCGGUGUCCACAGGGGAUGUCAGGAGAGAAGCAACUUUCUGCAAAAAAACCGGAGUGCGCAUCCUCGGAAUCGUAGAAAACAUGAGUGGUUUCGUUUGCCCGCACUGCUCAGAAUGCAGCAAUAUAUUUUCUAAAGGUGGUGGUGAAGAGUUAGCCAAACUUAUAGGGUCACCUUUCCUUGGUUCCGUGCCCUUGGAUCCUCAGUUGAGUGCCAGUGUCGAACAAGGUAAAGACUUCCUCCAGUCAUUCCCAGACAGCGCCACCUUCAGCUCCAUUAGCAGCAUGACUAAGACUCUCCUUAGCAGCCUUCAAACCCCUUGACAGAUGGGGAAGUGUAACAAUCAUGUACAAAGAGAUCAAUAUGAUGAAGUAUUGCGUGGAGACAUGUUUAUGUCAGUGUUCUUAAAACUACAAAUUAAAUGUAUUGGUUA